AUGGAGGAGGAGGCUCAGGAGGAGCAUCAGGAGGAGGAGGAGGAGGCAGCUCAGGAGGAGGCUCAGGAGGAGGAGGAGGAAGAGGAGGAGGCAGCUCAGGAGGAGGAGGAGGCUCAGGAGGAGGCUCAGGAGGAGGAGGAGGAGGAGGAGGAGGAGGCAGCUCAGGAGGAGGCUCAGGAGGAGGAGGAGGAAGAGGAGGAGGCAGCUCAGGAGGAGGAGGAGGCUCAAAAGGAGGAUCAGGAGGAGGAGGAGGAGGAGGCAGCUCAGGAGGAGGAGGAGGCUCAAAAGGAGGAUCAGGAGGAGGAGGAGGCGACUCAGGAGGAGGAGGAGGCUCAGGAGGAUCAGGAAGAUCAGGAAGAGGAGGUGGUAGAUGGUAUGGCUCAUACCAUCGAGAGAGAGCCAAACUAA